CGGAAGUAGGCCCAAAUAGCGGGGAAAGCAUGAGCGUGCGGCAGCGGAAAGCCACUGAGGCGGGAGAGGCGGCCAAGAAGCGUCUCAAGCGGGAAGAACGGGCCGAGUUCUCCGCGGCGCUGAGGGAGAAGAAGCUGAAGGAGAGGGCGGCCGCGGCCUGGGCCCGGAAAGAGGCGCUGCGCGAUGAGGCUGUUGUGCUGGACCCGGCCCCUUUCCCUCACUGCGUCAUCCCAAACUUCAUCCAAACCGAAGGCUUUUUGGAAGGGCUGCAGAAGGAGCUUUUGAGCCUGGAUUUCCAUGAAAAGUGCAAUGACUUGUACAAAUUCAAACAGUCAGAUGACCUGAAGAAAAGAAGAGAGCCUCACAUUGCAGCUUUAAGAAGAGUCCUCUUUGAGGAUUUCCGAGCUUGGCUUUCUGACGUGACCCGAGUGGAGCUGGAGCCCACGGUCGAUCUCUCCUGCGCGAAAUAUCAAUAUACAGAUGCCCUUCUUUGCCAUGAUGACGAAUUGGAGGGCCGGCGGAUUGCCUUCAUACUUUAUCUGGUCCCUCCGUGGAAGGACAGCGAUGGGGGAACCCUGGACCUCUUCAGCACUGACGAGCACUCCCAGCCUUUGCAGGUUGUCAAGUCGUUGGUCCCUUCGUGGAAUUCACUCGCAUUCUUCGAAGUCUCGCCAGUCUCUUUCCAUCAGGCAAGGCGCCUCUUUGUUUUGACAGUUUUUUUAAAACACAGCCGCUUUUUAUCAAUAAAGGUUCUUGUUGUUUCCAGGCAUUAUGCAAAAGCUGAAGAGGAGAGCCUGCCUGCCGUCUUGAAAAGCGGCAUGGAACUUUUCCGCUCCGAGGCCUUGUUCCUGCUCCUCUCCAACUUCACAGGCCUGAAGCUGCAUUUCCUGGCUCCAGAAGACGAAGCAGAAGGAGAGGAAGAAGGAAGAGCCACAGUGGGGAGCUCUUCCAAAAGCACAGAAGGACAGUGCAGUCGAGGAAAAAGUGAUAGUAGUGACAACACAGAAGACUCCAAAGAGAUCCCUGAAAAUGGGAAUGGUGGGCAAGAGACUGGCUCCAGCGUCCCCUUGUGUGCGGGAGAGCUGAGGCGCUGGACACAGGGCUGCUAUAGUCUUGCCCACGACACGGAAGCAACCGAGUUCGCCCUAGAUUUGCUGUUCUUCUGUGGCUGUCAAGACUGGGAUGCGGAAUUUGGUGGUUUUACGUCGUACAUUGCAAAAGGUGAAGACGAAGAACUGCUGACUGUUAAUCCAGAAGACAACUGCUUGGCCUUGAUUUACAGAGACCGAGAAACACUGAAAUUUGUGAAGUACAUAAACCACCAGAGUCUGAGCCAGGCGGCAACACAGCCUGAACACAUAGGAUUCUGGGACUUCAGCUUUGUUUACUACGAAUAGUGACGGCAGCCAUAGGAUCCUAUCACACAGAGCACAAUGGAGAUAAUUUUUGGGAAAGACUGCAUCAUGCCAUGUGCCUUUAUGAGAAGAUGCCCCACUGGGACCUUUGGGGAUCUUGCGUUUUAAUUAUAUAUUUACAUUACAUGUAAUAUUACUAAUAAUAUUACAAUAUAAUGGCAUAGUGCAAUAUAGUAACAUAUAAUACUGAUAUUGUACUAUGCUAAUAAUAUAUAUUGUAUGAAAAUAUAUAUUGUAAGCUGUUCUGAGUCCUCUUCGGGGUGAGAAGGACGGUAUAUAAAUGCCGCAAAUAAAUAAAUAAAAUAAAAUAAAUAAUCCUGGAUUCAAAA